AUGGGUUCGAGGUUUACAUUCUCAGAUAUGCAAAAUCCUUUGUUUCUUCAUCCAUCUGAUGGACCUCUUUCCAUCAGUGUGACUAAGUUACAAGGUGCAGCUGACUACAGAGCAUGGAGGAGGUCAUUUGAGAUACAACUCUCAUCCAAAAGAAAGCUCGGUUUUGUCAAUGGCACUGUGACAAGAAGCAAUGAGGAAGAAGUCAAUGCAACUCAAUGGGACACCUGCAAUGAUCUGGUAACUUGCUGGCUUCAUGCUAAUGUAUCUGAUUCUAUCAAAAAUUCUAUCUUGUUUAUUAAAAAUGCUCAUGAAGCAUGGAAACAGUUAGAAAAAAGGUUUAUGCUUUCAAAUGGCUCUAGAAAAUAUAAGUUAAACAAAGACUUGUUUAAUCUGAAACAAAAUGGUAGAAAAUUGGAUGAAUAUUAUACUGUAAUGAGCAGCCUGUGGGAUGAAAUUGAGUCAACGAACAUGCUUCCUUUGCUCACAACUGUUGCACAAGAUGUAUCAGCUGUAAUGAAAGCUAUUGAAACUCAAAAAGAGGAAGCCAAACUGUUUCAGUUCUUAAAUGGUCUUGAUGACAGUUAUAGUCCACAAAGAAGUCAGUUGUUAAUGCAAUCACCCUUACCAUCUGUUGAGUCUGCUUGUGCUGUGAUACAACAAGAAGAAACUCAAAGAGAUGUGCUUGUUCACAAUGGUGGUCUGGAGGGUGACACAUCUGCCAUGUAUAGCAAGGGUGGAAUGAACAUAGAAAGAACAGGUAGCUGCACUGCUUGUGGGAUCAAAGGACACAGUAGUGAGAGAUGUUGGACUGUUGUUGGAUAUCCAAAAUGGCACUACAAAUACAGCAAGAAAGUUGGAGGCAAAACUGAAAAUAGAAGUCAGUCCACUGGAAAGUAG